AUGGACCCGACAUUGUUACAAGCACAGAGCGAUACCUUGAUGGCGCAGACACAACAUGCUAAAGAACACACAGCCAGUGAUGAGGCUUUGAUUCAUCUGGCGCACAUGCCGCAGCAGGCCCACGUCUGGAGGCCCGACGAUGACUGGACCGGCAUCGUGGACCCGAAGGAGCGGAGGAGGCUGCAGAAUCGCCAGAACCAGAGGAAGUGGCGCGAGAAACGAAGAGCAGCGUUUGGAGGAUCGAAGGCAGCAAUGACAGCCCCCGAGGGCUCGAGCUCGGAUUCAUCGAAUUCUCCAGCCACAGAAAAUAUACAUACGAAAAAAGACAUAACUUGCGCCCGUGCUCCUCCAAAUGUAAUGGAAUACCUACGCUGGUUUGAAUCCAUAGCAGAGCAAAGCUAUCUAACCGGCUCGCCCCAGAUCGACCAUUUAAUCAGCCUAACACGAUUAAAUGUGCACAGAGCCAUAGAGAGCAACAUCCGGGCCAUAGGCAUGACCGCAGACUGGACCUGCUGCGACGACACAAUAUCGAUCUUCAACUUAUAUUCCCCCGUAACAGCCACUUUCAAUCUGGACAAGAUCCCAAUUAGUUUGCGCCCUACAGAAAUCCAGCGGAGUGUACCGCACCACCCGUGGCUGGAUUUCUUCCCGUUCCCGCGCAUGCGUGAUAUUCUGAUUGCGGCGGAGCAUCUGUUUGAUGAUGAUGAGUUGUGCCAUGACUUGAUGGCGUUUUGGGAUACGAGGAAUACGCAGGCGACGCUGGUUGUUUGGGGGGAUUCGUGGGACCCGCGGAAUUGGGAGGUUACCGAGGCCUUUAUAGGGAAAUGGGGAUGGUUACUUAGAGGAAGCCCGGAAUUAGUGAUUUCAACAAAUUACUGGAGGAGGCUAAGAGGCGAGAGGCCUUUGGUUUGGAAGAAUUAA